CCUUUGGGCGGACCGGGCUGCGGCGGUUAAUCAAUUUAACAGAGCAAAACAAAGCUUGACAAAAUAAGCAUAUGGGUUUCUUGAGGCAACGACGUUAGACAGACAGCUGAGCGCGGAGGGGUGAUUCAUUACUUAGGAUUGAACUCUUCAGAGCAUUGAUUCUUAUGAUUCCGGUUGCCCAUGUAAAGAAAGCGUGAGCUGUAAUCAGUUUUUUCAUCAAGGAGACACAGUUUAUGAUACGAAAAUGAUGAAAACUGAAGGGAAAGGAGAGAGGACACUAAGAAGUGCGUCUCCACACAGAAACGCUUACAAAUCCGAUUUCCAUGCCAUCAAGUGUUCAUUUGAUGGUGUAAAGCCUGAGAUUACUCCAAAGCCUGUGUCUUUGAAGUUAAACACUAAUGGAGCCCCAGCAGACACUACCCGUGGAAGGGCCUCCUAUGGAAAUAGAGUUCAUAAGAUUAAGAACUUGUUCAUGCAGAUGGGAUCUCCCCCUGGUGAAAAUCAGCUUGAGAACAAAUUAAUUAAAGCUGACCUUCCUCCAUCCCCAACUAGCCCUUCUGUUGUGAGUGUGCAAACGAAUAAUGUGUUGAAUACAAGCCCUGAUCAUCAGUCUCCUGAAAAAAAUAAUCGGUCCAAUGAGGAUGGGGAUCUAGACAAAGUUUCCUUAGCAGAGAAGUUUUCAGAAACCAGAAAACUGUUUGAAAGAAACAUCAAUCGCCAAACGACUUUUGACAGGUCUUCACCCACUAAAGAAGAGAAAGUGAAUAGAUUAGAUAGAAAAAGUAAUUCAUUUGAAGUAGAAGGUACCACUUCUGACCUGAUCUCCACAGGGUCCUCCUCUUCCAAGGUGGUAAAUGCCACCUCUCCUGUUUCUAAGGUUGAAGAUACCAGGCAGCUAAGUUACAAAUCAUCAUCAUCCUCAUCCUCUUCUACAUCUUCCUCUCUCAAUGCAGGGCCUAUAUCUAGGAGAUUGGAAAGUUUUCUUGCUGACAGUGAUGUGGAGGAAUCCAGAGACUUUGCAAAAUCUGGUGAAGAAUUGAGACAAAAUAGUUUGUCUUCUGAAGUAAGUGAACCCGUCACAUUGACAGAUAAAGUAAUUUAUAAUAAUAAUUCUGGGACCAAACAUAUUUCUGAGCACGAGGAGCAAAAAAACAAACAUACUUCUGAUUCUGAAACACAUGCACAAAAUACUACUGUUGAAGAUUACUUGGCUACUCUUCACAACAACAAUGCAUUUCCACAUAAAGCAGUUUGUCCAACAUCUGAAAAAUCUCAGGUAGCAAUGGUGAGAGCAGAACUUGUGGAGCUGCAGAAUGAAUCCUCAGAAAGUGAUGAGGACUUGAAGGAUGAUGUAUUUGAUGACAUAAAGCCUAUAGAACAGAAACGAUUCCUUUCUGAUAAUGUCCAAAUACCAGUAUUAGAAAAGACUGAUCUCAUAGAAAAAAGUGAGACAAGUUUUGAAGAAUUUCCAACUACGAAUUCUGCAGAUGUUAGUAUGAAAGAAGCGGAUGAGGCAGAAGAGGAUAUGGAUAGUGAAGAGGAAAAUGAUAGUGAAUUUGAAGAACCAAUUAGCAAGGAGAAGGAUACGAUAAGAUAUAACACCAGUUCUUUUGGGAUAGAAAAUGCUGCUUUUGAUGAUGACCGAGAUGUAGAUAAUCAAAUGGAAGAGUGUAAGGAUAUAUUGGAAUCUGAAGAUAGUGAAUAUGGAUAUGGUAGUGAUUAUGAAGAAAUACCUGGACUUUCUGAAGAAGACGACCCUGCACCUACACGAAAAGUGAAAUUUUCCUCUGCUCCAAUUAAGGUUUUCUCUACAUUUUCAAAUGAAGACUAUGACAGACGUAAUGAGGAGGUGGAUCCUGUUGCAGCCUCUGCUGAAUAUGAAUUGGAAAAAAGGGUAGAAAAGAUGGAAGUUUUUCCUGUAGAGAUUGAAAAAGGUGAAAGUGGUCUUGGCAUUAGUAUCAUUGGUAUGGGUGUUGGCGCAGACCAGGGUCUAGAAAAGUUAGGUAUAUUUGUGAAAACUAUUACAGAUGGAGGCGCUGCUCAGAGUGAUGGCCGGAUUCAAGUUAACGACCAGAUUGUUGAGGUUGAUGGUACAAGCUUAGUAGGAGUUACACAACUUUUUGCAGCUACAGUGCUUAAAAACACCAAAGGUACAGUCAGAUUUCUAAUUGGAAGAGAGAAGCCAGGAACUCAAAGUGAGGUUGCUCGCCUGAUCAGUGAAACUUUGGAACAAGAAAGAUGUCAGCAACAGUUGUAUGAUCAGCACUAUUCAGAAGGAAGUACUGGUCAGGAAGAUGAGUUUGAAGACGAAGAAGAGGACAAUCUUGAAUCUCAUUUACACUGUGGUAAUUCUGUUGAGGUUUUUGAUCUGUCUGAAAGCGAAGAGACAAAUUUCCAGCUUGACAUGGACCAUUCUCAGCUUACCCUUAAGUUUAAAGAGCUCCAACUUAAACAUGCAGUCACCACUGCUGAAGUGAAUCAACUGAAAGACAGAAUAAAAUUUAUUGAAGCAGAGCGAAUGGAUUGGGAAGUGAACAAGUUGGCAUUUCAGCAGUCUGUUGAGGAAAACAAGGACAAAAUUAAGAAGCUGGAAACUUAUUGGCUAGAAGCACAAGGCCUUUGUAAAACUGUUAAUGAACAUUUGAAAGAAACACAGGAGCAGUAUGAUACUUUGGAAAAAAAAUAUAGCAAGGCCAAAAAAUUACUUAAAGAUUUUCAGCUGAAGGAAAUAGAAUUUGAAAAAAAAGAGGAGGAGCACAGAGAAUUUUUAAAAGAAAAAGAUAGAAAACAUAUGGAACAAAUUAAUAUGUUUCAUACAAAGAUUUCAGCUCUUGAAAAAAAGCUUCAAAUGUAUGAGCCAACACUUCAUGCGACCACUGAACUUAAACACCAGGAUUUAAAUGAAAUCUGCUCUGAACCUUCCUUUGGGCCACCGUUUGGAGAGACGCUCAAUUUUUUUGAAAAUGAAGACUCACAAUUCUUAGACAGUAUAAUAUCAGAUUUUGAUGUAUGUGUUGGCGAAACCCAACGUUUAGAUACUAGUGCCCACAGGGCUAAAGCUCAACUUGCACUAAAAGUUAAACGACAGCGUCCAUCACGGAACAAACGUAAGGAAUCCUUUAGUGGGGAGCAGCAUCUUAGCAUGGAUGAAGAAGAUGAAGAAGCAGUAAACAACCCUUGUGAAACAAAAACAGAAGGAGCUGAGGAGCAGCAGACCAUGCCUAAAUUGCAGGAUGAAGAACAAAGGAUUGAAAAAUCCCAACCAUCUGAGAGUUUAGGUAGCCUCAUGGAAUCAGAUCCCUCCAUUUCCACUUCCUCCUCCCUUCCACCCAGGACUAACACAGAAACCAUUCUAACCCCAAGUCAGUCUCCUUCUGGGGAAGGGGUAGCUCCAAGCUCUCCAGGAGGAUAUGUUAGAAAUACCAAGCUGAGAGAAUCUAAAGGCAAAGGCAAAAACAAUAAAGAUGAGAAGAGAAAUGAAGACAAAGGAUUUGAAUCAAAUGAAACCACUGGGAAGCAUAGAAGACGAUUUCCUGAUUUUGGGGGAUUGCGAAAAUCUGGAGGAAAAGGCAGAAAGCAAGAAAAAGAAAAUCAAAGAGGAUCGUUGGACAGCCGUGGAUCGAGAGAUUUGCUUGAUGAAGCUGGGAAUCAGUCCCUUUCUGAUUCGGAUUCUCCUGUCCCCACUUGCAUGCCUUUCUCUUGGUUUGGAGACAGCCACAAGGAGUCUUCUUCCAGUGUUCCCCUCAACUUCCCACCGAGUGGUCUUGAGCUUCCAGGAGAAACCAGUCAAGAAAGAAGCAGAAACAAGAGUAGAAUUGUCAUAGAUGAUUCAUACAAUAACAGCCCAUGUUCUGAUCUGUCAGGGUUAGUGACAGAGCACUCUCUCUCAGGGCGCUCACACACUUUCACCUUCUCUUCAAAUGAGGCACUAGAUGAUGAUGUCACUACAACCGGAAAACAGAAUCAGUGGCACAGCAGGCCUGUGUCUGAUUGGACAGCUCAGCAGGUGUGCCACUGGUUAAUAGGAAUGAACAUGGAGCAGUAUAUUACAGAGUUCACAGCCAAGAACAUUGAUGGGCAGCAACUUAUGAUGUUGGACAGUGACAGAUUGAAGAGUCUGGGAGUCUCAAGUCACAAUGACAGAGCCUUAAUCAAGAAGAAAAUUAAAGAAAUAAAAAAAGCACAAGAAAAACUGGAAAAACAGAAGAAUAAGAAAGAAAUACAGAGAAGAAGUGGAAAAGUGGUAGCUACUGUAGAAUCCAGCUGCUGAAUCCAUUAAACUUUUGCACCACAAUGUCUGUCCCAUGAGUGUAAAUAUGUAUACAUUUUAAAAAAUGCUAUGUCUUUGACAUAUAAAGAUCUUUGCAGUACUUAACUUUUUUUAGUGUCUUCCUCCAAAAUCUAUUUAAUCAGAGACUUACAUUUAAAAUUUAGCUACUGGUUUUGUUUCGGUAAGUAAACUUUGGGGGUUUUUUUGUGUACUGUGUAUAUUUAAAGAUGAGAGAGAAAACAUUUCUUAACCACUUAAUAUAACUUUUAUAUUUUUACAUUGAACAAACAUUUCCAUUGUUUUGUUGGUUUACAAGUGGUGUGUAUAUCUAUAAGCGUUUUAAAGGAACAUACAGAUUUAGUACAGCAAUGCAGAGACAAUGCUACUUGUACAUGGCACAGCCUAAUGUCCGUUCCUUUGGAACAGAGCAUAUCAGUGGAGAUACACGUUUUUAAAACUUUUACUGUACACAGGUGGUUUACUCCUCGUUUCUCCUAUUGGUUCAGAGAUAAUUCCUUUACAGUGUAUUCAUUUUGAACUGGUGUGUGUGUAUAUAACACUGGUAGGUGUUUACCAAUGCAACAGGCAUGUAAAGGAAUGAAAGGUUCUCAGCAGACAGGGAAAAAUAAUUAUUUUGUGUUGUGGAACUGAGCAAUGUAACAUACAAAUGGUAAAUAAUCCUGCAAUACUUCUGAUCUUAUAAAUAUCGUACAAAACAUUAUUAGAUAACCGUUUUACUACAUUGCUGUUCUAUUUCAUCGGGUUUCCCUUCAGUUGCUUGUGUUUAUGUUGUGCUUGCCUUGAGAGUGCCCUUUUGCAAGCAUUAUUUCCAGAGCCUUUCUUAAUCUGAUUAUGGCUGCUAUAUAUUUACUAGUGACUUGUGAACUUUGCAGGUCAUCACAUAUAUUAUAACGAAUGUUCCAAAAAAAACAUUUACAUUACUGGUAUAAUGAGUAAGUGUUUUGUUUAGGUUUUAAAGAUGUGCUAAUUUUAUGGGACUAAUGAGUAUAAAACGAGUCCACAUGAAGUAUGGGGGGGGGGGCGUGUUGAGCCCUAAUGGAUUAUCAUUUAUCAGUCAUGUAGCGGUGACAGCAAAAUAGAACUGUAUGCCAAGUGGCAGUUUUAUUUGUACUUGCAUCAGGAUGGUUCUGAAUUUUACAUUUUGCCUGAUGUCAUUUUCUGCAUUCCUUUAUGCACUUCCCUGUAAAUACAGUUUCAUUGACUCAUAUAAUAUGUAUUUUAAAAAUACUAUAGAAGUGUCCAUUCCAAGCCUUUGUAGAAUUGCUUAACAGAUAGUGGUUUUGUUUUUCACAUAUAUAACACCUACAAUUAUGUAAAAUAAUUGGCAAUGGUACAUGUGAAGGGAAUAUACUAUCCUAAAACGAAAUCUUUUUAUGUGGUACUUAUUUUUCAAUGACACUACUAUUUAAACAUUACGGCACAAUUCUUCUUGUGAGAACAGAUCUGAGAUGUACUUUCUUUUUAUACUUUAUUUGGUCAGAUAUGGUCCUUUUUGUAAUUCAAUAACCACUACCUUAGUACUUUAGUUUCAGACCUUUAGAAUUAAGAGGUUUACUUUGUAGAACUUCAACUACUUAUGCUAAGCAUAAGAUAUUGGAGGGUGACAGAACAGGGUUUGUGAAUAACUAUUUUCUACAUUUGCAAAGAGCACACGUGGUUUGUUACAAAUGUUUUAAAAAAAAAAUGCAAAUGUAUUUUUGUAUUGUUUAUGGUAAAGAGGAAUUAUGUAAUACUUUUUGAGCAAAUCAUGACAAGUUUAAUAUUUGAUGUAGAUCAUUAUAGGGGUUUUAAGAAGUACACUUUAUUUGUAUUUAGUUAAGAAAUGAACUAGAAUGAUUUUUUUUUUUUUUUUACCAAUGGAGUUUGAAUGUCAUUCCUAAUUACAGUGCCCUUAAUUGGUCUUGCAUUUUAACUUGUUCUUAAUGUGUUCAUGAUGAACCAUCUCCUCCUUAUAACACUAGUAACUCUGUUUUAACAAAAUCCUUAAAAUUUAUUAGAACAUUUUGUAAAAAAAAUGUUUUAUAUAAUAAAAAUGAACUUUUUGCUAAA